AAGCUAAUUGAAAGCCAACGCGAUAAUAUUGUUAAUCUUCAACAACAAGAAUCAGAAACGAUGAAUGAAAUUAGCAGAAACGAGGCGAUAGGAUAUAGUAUUAUCGAUAUUCUUAACAAACAUGAAACUUUAAAAAUUGAAGAGUUUUUAAAAUCGAUCAACAAUUUUUUGAAUAAAGUAAUAUUUCUCACGCAAAAAGUUAAUCGUUAUGAAAUUGAACUUCAUGAACUCGAGGAAGAUAGAAGUUUUAAAAAAAACGCAAUUAUCAGAAAAAUACUAAUGUUAGAAAACGAAAUAGAAGAAUGUUACAGAAGUUUACGAAAAAUAGGGUAUAGACGCGGUAAUCACAUACACCUAAUACUAAAAAAACAUCUUGAAGAAAAUGACAUUAAAACAUUUGAAAUUUACCUUGGUACAAAAUCUGAUCUUGCAUGGAAAUUAGCGGAAAUACGUGAAAAUAUUGAAGUUGAAAAAGAUUGUUACACAUCACUUCAGCAACUCGCACUAAAUUGGAACUUUCAAACUUAAUCUUUAAAACAAUCAAUCAUCGCAUAAAAUGAGUAUUAAUAUUUAUGAAGCCUUUUUAUUUUUAUAUUUUUCAUAGUGUAAUUAUUUAAUUCUUUUUAUAAAACUUUACUUGAGUUUGAUAGUUUUUCGUGAGCUCUGUUCUUAUAUCAGGUGUUUUUGGAAAUAAGUCGUUAAAAACUAUAAAUGCCGCUUCGAAUCACUUUUCACGACAAAAUAAUUAAUAGCAGUUGCGGGUAGCUCGCAAUGCGAGUUAUUAGUUAAUACUAUAUUUCUUAUUAUUAUUAGUUAUUAUAAUGCGUGUUAUUAGUUGAUAGUUAUUAGUAAAUAAACCAUUUCUAGCAAUUUAACUUGAUAUAAGGUCAUUCCAUGCCACACGGUCUAAUUUUCGGAAUCAUCUCCACUCGACUA